AUGGCUCUCCCCCCUCCCCGAGGCCGUACACUCACUCAUCGUCGCGGCUCUGCCGCAGCUCGAGAUCCCUUCAACAUCCUGACAGACCGCGAUCCUACUCAUAUCUCCUCCACCCCCGAUAGCGAGAGAGAAAUGACAAGCCGUCUCUCCAUCGUCCGCGUCAUCCCUCCACACAACGGCACUCACAACCCCGAUCCCGCAGCGUCAAUCCCUCUUUCUAAUCGCCCACCGGAUCCAGGACUCGUACACAGUCGGUCGUUGACCCAGAACCGAUCGAGGAGGGUUUCGUUCGCGAGUGCGUCGUUCGCGUCACAUCCAGGAGAGGCCCCUGUUCCCCUUCCGCAGGGACUAUCGCGCUCGAGAUCUUCGUCUUCGGCGCGCUCUUAUUCCGACGAUGUGGCGUCUGAGAAUUCAUUGCAGGCUUAUUCGUCACCAUCCCCGACAGAUGGUGCACGUCGUCGUUCGGCGUCGAUCAGCACACAGAACCCGUACAGGAUCGCGCAGAAGUAUGGCUCUGGGUUCGUUUAUGGCGGUGGCUAUGGCAUCGGGUAUGGUGGGAUGAUUGGGUAUGGGAGGGAGGCGCCGUUGACGCCGCAGCAAGUUCUUGAGCUUGCGAAGGCGUCGUUGAAGCCUGAUCCGAAGACUUUGGGCGUACAUGGGGGAGGAAGGUCGGGAAGUACGACGAGUUUGAGUGAGAGUGGAGAGGAGGAGGUUGAGGAAUUAGAGGUUCAGCCGGCGAAUUUCUUGCCGAUGGGGGAGGGGGAGUUUUUACCGUUUGUUGAUCGUCCGAAGGAGGUAACCCAAUUCCUCGCCUCCCAACCGACCGACCGCCUAAUCGCCCUCCUCGAACAAGCCUUCCCGAACCAUCUCCGCCUACCGCGCGAUCACCCCGAAAGAGAGUUCUCGCCGACGUCCGCUGCGUUCGCGGCGAGCGAAAUGAGAGAGACCUUGCCGAGGCCGAGCCCGACAUUGGUGAAGGCUUUGACGAGUGAUCCCCCAUUGAAGGAGAUCGUGGCGCCCACUCCAUUGAGGGCGUCGGAUCGUGGAUCGACUUUCGGUGGAGGAUUGGGAGAGGAGGAGCAAGCGGGUGAUAAGGAGGCGCAGGAGGAAGAGGAGAGACUGAGAGCGUGGAGACGGUUCGAUCACCCACAGACGUGGUCAUUCCCGACUUUGCUGGAGUGGAUGUGUACGGUCCCGCGCUCGCAGGCUGACGAUCGGGAGUGGGUGAGGAGGAUCCGAAGAUGCGUGAUGGAGAGGACGGAGAAGAUUUGUGUGGUUCUGAUGGGGGCCUUGGGCGUGCCGUUAGAGGAAGGGGAGGAUGUCGUUUUGAAGAGGGACGUCACGGUCGGGGAGGAAGAGGCGUUGGCAGAUGACGAGAUGGAGGAAGAAGUCGAAGUGGGAAAUCCGCCGGAGGUGAAGAGGAGUAAGUCGGAUGAGACGGAAGUUAGGCCUUUGAAAGGUGGGAGAGCCUCCGCGUUGCGAUCUUCGUCUGGAGGUGCGACGCCAAAGUCGGCUUUACGCUCUGGAGGGGCCACACCCAAGAUUUCCUCCUCCGGGGCUGCGACGCCAAAGAUACGCUCCGGGGCCGCGACACCGAGGACGACGAUACCUGGUACCGAUGAGACGAGGACGAUCUCGUCGGUUCUGCAUUCUUCGGCUUAUGUGGAGCCGAGGGCGCGCAGGGCAGGUCCCAAGGCUCAUUUUGGAGAUCUGCCUACGACCACGGCCGUCGAGCAUGACGAGAAUGUAAACGAGCACCCACGCCCGCAUCAUCAUCAUUACCACAAUCGCGAGGAAAAGAAGAUGAAGAAGACGAAGGAGGAAUCAGCCACAGGCCUCCACAGGUCUCCGCGUCAUCUGGCGGGUCUUGAAGACGACUUGGACACGCUCACGAAUUACUUCCAACUUGAUAUCGAGCCGAUCGGGUACGAGCCGUUCGUACACCCGUACGCGCAUGGCCACCAUGAUCCAGAAGGAUUGAAUCCCAAGCCAGAGGUGCAUACGCCGUUUCCUCAUCCCCACGAGAUGUCGACGACUUUGGAGCGGAACGAGCAGGGCGUGUUCAUACAGCCUACUCAUCACCAUGAGGCGAGCAUGCCUAGCGAUUACUUGAGCGUUGGUCCUGGUGGGAUUGGAGCAUUCAGGCCGAGGUCGGAUAGUGGGUCGAGUUUUACGAGUUCGGAAUCUGGGUCGGGAUCGGUUUCUGGAUCCGGUUCAGGCGUGGGCGUCGACUCGGGGUUGAGUUGGAGUGGGAGUACGACGGGGAGUACGAGUCAUAUGGAGGCGAUUGGGGAAAGCGAGGACGAGAGUGAGGAUUCGGAGGAUCUUGAGCAUUCAGUGCGGGGUUCAGCGGACCCUCCUUCCCGCGGUACGGAGGUUGGAUCGGCCCAUGGACAAGAACAUCGUGAGCAGACGGAAACCACGAUGGGCGCGAGGCCAAAUAAACAGGACUUGGAGAAGUUAAAGGAGAGUUGGGCUGCGAGAUCUUCGCCGUCGACGGCCUUACUUUCCCCUCCGACACACAAUAUACAACAAUCGCUCUCGGAUACGAACCUCCCUGCUGCUACCGCCACUCGUGGAACGGACUCUAUGCCGUAUCAGUCUCAUCACGACCGUGGACACGGACCAUACUUCGGCCUCACCUUCGCCACAAACAAGCUUCCAUCCCAUCUCGUACCUUCCGCCCUCGUGUCCGUGCAACCCGCAGACUCGCCUAUGCCAGGCGCCGUCGCGUCCAAGACGCCGCCACCCGUUAGCUUGCUCAGUCCAUCUGCUUUGAUCGGCAGGCAUGCCGGAACUUCUGUUCAUUCUAUCGACGCAAAGGAAGGCGGAGGUAUGCGAGCCGAUGGGACUGUUGCGAGACCUCGUGCGAUGAGGAGGAAUACAGUGAAUGUGGCGCACAUGUUGACGGGCGCGCCGGGCUAUGAAGGAUAUUCGUGGAGGCUUGGGGGUCCGUUGUUCCCGAAGAGUUUUGAUUCAGUGGCGGAGGUGGAGGACGUAAGCCGCGGUGAUCGUGGACAGAAGAAAGAAGAGGUGAAGGUAGAGAGGAGGGCAGACCCGGGAGACGGUCUCAUGAAGAACAUACGAGCUCGCUCUGAGCUUACUCAUACAGUGCCGGCCAGGAUCUCGUCACCGAGACCAAGGGUUGCUCAUGCCAUGGGUGGAAAGAGCGCGCUCUCAAAGUUGACAACCGACGUGCCUGUGUUCACACCGCCGAACAGCCCUGCCGUUCAGAGAUGGUGA